UUGAUCCCAUCCCUCACUCCCUGCGCAGGAGAGGGAUAGCGUGCACUGAGAGAAGAGCCCGGGAGAUAUCCAAGACGUGGUGACUGAGGAACAUCAAAGAGUGAAAGAGACAGACAGCACGACGCAGCGAUGGCACUCACAUCCCUGUCCUGGUGUCUCGGUGCAGCUUUGGCACUGUUUUGGGGUUCUUCGUGGCCCCAAGUGCAUUCUUCCCUGGCACCUGAGAAUGAGGUGCCACUUCGCCCAACUACAUGGUUCCCAGAAGGAAAGAUCACGUCUGUAACGCUCCCCAAAGGAAGAACUCGCAGGCUAUACUUCACACUGAAGAAGAAGGCCGCGGCGAUGUCGGUCACUGUCAGUCCCUGUGACCUCCCCAUCGAAUGGAGCUUGGCAGCCCGCACCCUGAAGGACAAACCCCUCAAGAGCCAGCAGUGGAGCACUAAAAAGAGUAUGCCAGAGGUGUGGUGGCGAGGUCCUGGGACUGAGCAGAAAAUGCACAGCUUCACAGGCAAUUCAGUUGACACCUACAGGGGUUCUUCCUCUUCCCAUGCUUCCAUCUACAUCCUGAGGCUGCGCUCUAAACAGCAGAACACCAGAGCUACAGUGUACCUCCAUGAAGGCCUGGGGCCCUCAGGCGUCUUCCCUCUGCUCCCGGCUGACCCCAGAGUUCACACGUUAGGUGUCGGCAUGACCAGUGUCACCCUCAGCUGGGCGCCCAGUGCCUCCAUAACUAGCCUCCCACAGACGCAGAAAAGCUAUGAUUACUGUGUCCUCGUCAACUCUCAGAAAAACUACCCCAGCCUCUGUGCUGCACGAGAGAGCGUAGGGAAAAAGAAAGACCCGAAAGAAGAAAAGAAGGAGAGGAGGAGGAGAGUGACAGCGUGGCCCAUUUUGAAAGAGUGGUGGUGGCAGCAGUGGGACUCUUACCCUGAACCCCAGAGUCCACCUUCCUCCCUCAUUGAUGAGUAUGCUGAUCUCCAGUGUGUGUGUCAGGGGACAGAGAGUGUUUGCACCGUCUCUGAGCUCCUGCCUGAGACCAAGUAUUACUUUGACGUCUUUGUGAUCGACAGGCUGAACGGGACCAACAUGGCGUACAAGGGGACAUUUGCUCGAACGCACGAGGAGGCUCGGGCGGCAAUCAUCACGCUGAGAGAAGGGGAGCUGAGGUGGGUGACCUUCAGUGACAGAGGCUCCAACUCAGAGCAGUUCUUCAGUUUCCAUCCUCGGGGCUGGCAGCAGAGUGGCCUCCUCACCUUGCAGAGCUGCGGUGGAGGUGAAAAGGUCAAGGUCACCGUGUCUAGUAAAGGUCAGGUUUUGACCUCCCAGGCAGUGGGGGGAGAUUUAGUACACAUUUGGCUCCAGGGAAGUCCGUCCUAUCUCAUCCACUUGGAGAGAGAAGGAACUACCACAGGCCGGCUGUCAGUUCCUGCAGACCCAGCUCUAGGAGGUCUGAUGGCUUCAGUCAAAAUGCAGACUUCCUCAGCCUACCACCGCAGAGGGGUCCCAUCUCUGCCCUCCACCUUGCAGAUAAAAUCCUUCAACCGGUUACGUGGUUGCAGCAGUGUCACCCUGGCGUGGAUGGGCACAGAGGAAAGAAGUCUGUACUGCGUGUACCGCAGAAGGCUGGGAGAGCGUGAAGCAGAGGCAGGGGGAGCAUCAGCUCUAACUGCGCCCUGUCUGGGGCCAGAGUCCCGCUCUGACACCGAGAGGGUUCUCUGCAAGUAUUUCCAGGAGCUGAAUCCUCGGCGGGCCGUCACUACAGCUGUGAUCGGGGGCCUGGAGCCAGGGAUGGCCUAUGUGUUUGAUGUCUAUCUAAUGAGACGCUGGGGGAUCCCUAUCAAGUACGCCAGCAAGAUGGUGAAGACCAGAAAGGAAUGCUGAGCUGCCGCCCCCUACAGGAGGUUUAUAGACUGUCCACGUUUGGGGAUAAAUUAAUCGGUCAUGGACAAGCUGUAAAGACUGACCAUGAGAGCAAAGCCAUUUGACUGUUGUGGAGAGACUGUUACCAUAACAAGGAAAUAUUCCCCCUGGAGGAGCAAUGUUUUUAUUCAAACUCCACUUGCACUAUCCAUGCAAGUGGAUGUAAAGCAUAUGAGAAGGAUCUGCACACCAGCAAAAGUUCAUAACAUUUAGCAUACAACUCUUGUGCUUUUGUCAUUUUGUUUUUCAUUGUUGAUCAUGAUAAUGAUGUGCAAGUUGUCCAAGUGCUUAUUUUGUGUCGGAGUACAAAGGACAGAUGAGGUUUGUGAUGACAGAAAGUCAAUACAAAAGCAACAACAAAGACUGUGCCAAAUAUGCAACAGAAACAGAUGGGGCAGUAAUUGGAUAACAUCUGAAACGGGUGGGGGGGUGGGGGGGUUUGUAGCGUAUAUCUCCAGUGCUGCAUAUUGUACAUGCUUAUAAAAACAGAUGGGUGCAAUCUACAGAUGCUUAGUUCAAAGUCAGUGUGUAUCUUUGUGUUCUGCUUUCGCAUGAAGCAGUGAAAAAUACUUAGUGACUUGCCUCAUUGUCUUUGAUGUAUUCUUGUGCUGCUUCAAACGCACCAAUAAAUACUAGGGUAUC